AUGUAUGGUAGAGUGCAUUAUAAAAGUUAAUAAGAAUUAUAUAAUUAGAAUCAAUAGGAAUCACAGUUAUAAUUGAAUUAUUACAAUUGGUGUAUCCAAAUUUUUAGGUAUUUAAGCUAAUUGAAAAUACAAAUGAGUACAUUAAUUAAAUAACAAAUGAAAGCUUUUCUUUUAGUAUGCCUCAUUGCCACAUCUUUGAUGGUUAAUGCAGUUGAAACUCCAUAAGAGAAAACAUUCAGCGUAGAAUCAGAUUCCCCCAGCUUCCUCCACGUCAAAUAAGUAUGCCCUAGUUGUUGCUAUGGUGUAUGCUGCCAAAACUAAAGUAGCUGUGUUAAAGGAACGUGUAAUUCACCAGUUGCCCCUUGGAAUUGUAUCUGAGAAUGAUCGAUUAUAUAUUCAAGUCAUAAUUAAGACAAUCAUUAUAUCAUUAAAAUCUCAUUUU